AAGCCCAGCUACAACUCUCUCUGCCCCUCUGGGGGAACCAAACCGCAAGUCCAGGAAGCGCCCCCGGGCUGCCCGGUCCUCUCGCUGCCUUACUACCCUUCGGUGACGGGCAUUUGAGAAUUACUCCCAUAAACCGCCGACCUAUCUUCCCACCUGGACGACAGCGCUUCUAACUCCUCCUGCUCCACAAGAGGUGCCAAAUACGAGUGUGCUCAACGAGGGAAGGUUUUCAAGGAGACAUAACGCCUGGCAGCUCCCCUUCACACCGAGGCCGAAACCAGCAGUGCCCUCACCGUGCGGACAGCCGGCCUCGGGUGACGGGACUCUACCCCGACGACCUGACCGGGGGAAGAUCUCCCAAAGUAGAGGCUCCCGCGGGCAGGCCGGGCUCUACCAGGCGAGUGCAGCCCGGAGGCCAGCCCGCAGCCGCCAGCUCUUCGCUCCUGCCCUGGUCCUGCUCGUUCCGGCCGCGCGUCCCAGUCCCAGACCAGUGCAGCCCAGGCCCGUGCAGCCCUCGCCAUGCCGGUCAAAGGAGGCACCAAGUGCAUCAAAUACCUGCUCUUCGGCUUUAAUUUCGUCUUCUGGCUUGCUGGGAUUGCAGUCCUUGCCAUUGGACUAUGGCUCCGAUUCGACUCUCAGACGAAGAGCAUCUUCGAGCAAGAAAAUAGUCAUUCCAGCUUCUACACAGGAGUUUAUAUUCUGAUUGGAGCCGGUGCCCUCAUGAUGCUGGUGGGUUUCCUGGGCUGCUGUGGGGCUGUGCAAGAGUCCCAGUGCAUGCUGGGAUUGUUCUUUAUGUUCCUCUUGGUGAUAUUUGCCCUUGAAAUAGCUGCGGCCGUCUGGGGAUAUUCGCACAAAGAUGAGGUGAUUAAGGAACUCCAGGAAUUUUACACGGACACCUACUCCAAGCUGAAAAACAAGGACGAGCCCCAACGGGAAACGCUGAAAGCCAUCCACUAUGCGUUGGAUUGCUGUGGUAUAGUAGGGGGAGUGGAACAAUUCAUCUCGGACAUCUGCCCCAAAAAGGAUGUACUCACAAGCAUCACAGUGAAGCCCUGCCCUGAGGCCAUCAAAGAGGUCUUCCACAACAAGUUCCACAUCAUUGGCGCCGUGGGCAUCGGGAUCGCCGUGGUGAUGAUCUUUGGCAUGAUCUUCAGUAUGAUCCUGUGCUGUGCUAUCCGCAGAAGCCGAGAGAUGGUCUAGAGUCAGCGUGCGCUCCUGAGCAGGAAAGUUUACCCCUGAAGAUCGUUGGCUAUUUUCCUGGGGUUUUAUUUUUGUUGUUAUAGUUUUGUUGUUGUUUCUUUUUUGUUUUUUCUUUUUUUUGCCACUAACUUUUAGUAUUCAUUCUGCAUUUAUAAACAAGGAAAAAAGUUAUUCUAUGUUUAUCUUUUUUAAUGCUUUAUUCAUAUGGAUAGUUGAGAGAUUGAGGGACUUGUUUUGCUUUGGUUUAUAAUUUUUGGUUUGUUUUUGCUUAUUAUGUUAGGCAGAAAUCCUGCAAUGAAAGGUACUAUAUUUGCUAGACUCGAGACAAAAGAUAUUGUACAUAAAGAGAUUUUUUUUUCUUUAAAUAGAUUUUAAAAAAUGUCUAUCAAAUUUAAUCAGAUUGUAACUUAUGUUGAAGACAAUUUGAUACAUAAUAAAAGAUUAUGACAAUA